UCGUUUGAGUUAAUAAUGUUGUGCCUUUCAACAGGUUCAGACACAGAUGACGAUGAUGACGACGAUGAUGAUGAGGAGGACACCCCCAAAAAGAAAACCAAGAAAAAGACAACAAAGGACAGUUCUCCUCCUCCUGCCUCUACCAAGCAGAAGAAAUCCAAAUCUAAAGAGGACAAAGACUCUGAUGGAAAAGAGAAGAAGUCAAAAUCAAAGGAGAAAGAGAAGAAGAAGGAAGCAGCUUCAAUGUUCCAGAUAAAUGGAGAGAAAGAUUCUAAAAGCAAGAAGAAAGCUGCCAAAUCAGACAGUGAUGAGAGUGAGGAGGAGACCAAGCCAAGCAAGUCAAAGAAAAAAUCCAACUCCACCCCGGCGUCCAUGUUCCAAACAGCAGGAGACAAGGACAAGGACAAAGACAAAGACAAAGACAAAGACAAAGACAAGAAGACAAAGAAGAAAGCCAAAGCAGAAGAAAGUGGUGAUUCUGACUCUGAAAAAGAAGAGAAAUCAAAGAAGAAGAAGGGGAAAGGGAAGAAGAAAAAGGAGAGACCUCCAUCACCUGAGAUUGAGUUUGACAACCUGGAGGAGUUUGUCAUGCAGCCGGCUCCACAGGGUGUGACGGUGAAAUGUAGAGUGACCCGCGACCAGAGGGGGAUGGAUAAGAGCCUCUACCCUCUGUACUACCUUCACCUUGACAACGAGAAAAAGACGUUUCUGUUGGCUGGAAGGAAAAGAAAGAAAAGCACAACUUCGAAUUACCUCAUCUCUGUUGAUGCCACAGAUUUAUCAAGAGGUGGCGAGAAUUUCGUUGGAAAACUGAGGUCAAACUUGAUGGGGACUAAGUUCACAGUGUUUGACAACGCUCUGAACCCAGACAGAGCUCUUCCAGACAUGUCGAACGCUCGCCAGGAGUUAGCAGCCAUCAUCUAUGAAACCAAUGUGUUGGGGAUGAAAGGACCCAGAAGGAUGACGGUCAUAAUCCCAGGGAUGAACAAGGAUAAUGAUCGAGUGCCUCUGCGACCGAGAAAUGAAUGUGAUGGUCUGUUGAUAAGGCACCAGAAUAGAAGAAUGGAAAAUCUAAUUGAACUUCAUAACAAGACGCCUGUGUGGAAUGAAGAGACAGCAUCUCAUGUGCUCAACUUCAACGGCAGGGUCACGCAGGCCUCCAUCAAGAACUUCCAGAUAGUCCACAAUAAAGAUUUGGACUACAUUGUGAUGCAGUUUGGACGGAUAGCUGAUGACAUUUUCACGUUGGACUACAACUACCCGAUGUGUGCCGUGCAAGCCUUUGCCAUUGCACUCUCCAGCUUUGAUGGCAAAAUAGCCUGCGAAUAACACAAGAUCAAGAUGUCCGGUCUCUAUCCUGCCACCGCCAGUUUCUGGUGAAAUGAUGCGACAUGUCCUCACCCAGAACAGACCAGCCUGUUUGGAUGGACAGGCCCCCCAACACUUCAUGUCAUGCUGGUGACGAUGAAUGAUGGUUCACAGUACCACCUGUUCUGCUUGCCCGUUUUUCCCAUGGGAUUAAUACAAUGUAUCUCAUCUUAUCAUGUGACCUGUCAUGGCAUUGGGCAGAAGAGAAUCCUGGUUUUUGCCUUGGAGAAGCCAUAGAAACGUUGUUGUGUCAGCAUCAGUGUUUUCUGGCAAUCACAGCAAGACACUUCAAAGGACUGCAGCCACUGGAGAAUAGAGUGCGGAUCGGGCUGCAUAGAUCGGGCCAUCCAAGAGCAUAGUAACCGAGCCCAACCUGCACCCAACAGGCAUUCUUUUUUUGUGUGCAAAUCCGACCCGACCUGAUGGGUCUUGAUGGGCUUGGGUCGGGUAUCCACACACUAUUGGAAAACUGUGAGAUGUUUUGAGGUGAUAGGAAACCUCAAUAAUGAAGGCUUUUUGGCUUUACACACUGUUGUGCUGUAUUUGAAAUACCAAUAGGCCACUCAAUCACUACUGUAUUGUCUUGUGCUCUGAUGUUUAAGUGCAAAUACACCAACAACACAUUAAAAAUGUCCAGCAGAGUUCCUCUGACGACAUAUUCAUAUGUGCAGGUCUGACAUUGUAGAGUUUUGCUCCAUCAUGACGUGUUAGCAACUGGAAAAUGGCAUUUAAAAUUGAGAUUUAUUGCACAAAAUGAAAUGAAAAGGACAGGUGGCAGCCGUAGCUUAUAGAGCGCAUCUGCAAAUCACACUAAAUCAUAUAGGGCAGAAAAUUGUGGCUGUGUCGCUUUGACAUUGCUGAUUGGGGUGUAGCUAGAGGUGGAAUAUAGGCUGAAGUUUCAGCCUAUAGCAGUGCAGCAGGUCUCUGCCCUGUAUGAUUCAGUGAUGAUUUGCUCUUUAAAUCCUUGAUAACACAUGAUAACACUUUUACAUGCUGGACUCUCCAUUUUGUAGCUAGGUCUAACUUGGAAUAAUGAACUUAAUGUAAUAGGUACUAAGUCAGGCAGUUUUUUUUUUUUUUUUUUUUUUUUUUUACUUUAUAUAGGUGUCUCUGUUGUAUGUCCCCCUGUCUAGUUUUAACAUCAGGUGUUUUGAUUAAGAAUUCAGUGUAAUUUAGAUUUUAAUUUUUAUCUCAGAUUCCUAUGGAGUCUCUGAUUUGGAAAUUUGAGCUCCUGGAGAUUUUUCUAUUAACGUGUUUUUUUGUUUGUUUGUUUCAAUAUUUUUACUAUUCAUUUAUCAUGCUAAACACUGCCUUCGGUGCAUUUUUAGGCCUACUGUAAUAACGUUGUUAAAUAAAGCAUGUGAAUUAAACCCACCCGAACUCA